GAGGCUCCUGCACUGUCUGAGUCCUGGCUGGACCGCAGGCGCUCUGCUCUGAUUUUUUCCUGUUGCCUGGCUAGUGACCCCCUACAGGAAGAUAACGGGUAAGCCAGGAGGGCGGAGCAGCGCGCUACACAUGUCUGGCUGCUCUUAUCAACUUAUCAUAUAAGGAAAGGAAAGUGAUUGAUUCAGAUAGUGACAUUGUAGGAUCUGGGGAGAGAGAGAGAGAGGGACACAGAACCUGCAAGCUGCUCUGUAAAGCAAACGCAGCCUCCAGAGUGAGCAGGACUGUUCUUCCCACCGCAGUCUGACAGUUCACUGCAUGCCGGCAGAGAAGACAGCAUUCAAAGCCAAGUUUGCCACUGGAAAAGGAGGGAAAAGAAGACUUUCAUCGAUGCCCCCAGUCAUGGCAGCAUAGCCUGUGUUUCAGACAGCCGCUCGGGACUCAGCACUCGCAUGUGCCUUGAGGUUUGCUAAGCUGGUGGUUUAUUACCCGAAGAAAGAAAGAAUGUGGCAGAUUGUUUUCUUUACUUUGAGCUGUGAUCUUGUCUUGGCUGCAGCCUACAGUAACUUUCGGAAGAGCAUGGACAGCAUAGGGAAGAGGCAGUACCAGGUCCAGCACGGGUCCUGCAGCUACACUUUCCUCCUGCCGGAGAUGGACAACUGCCGCUCUUCCUCCAGCGCCUACGUGUCCAAUGCUGUGCAGAGGGACGCGCCCCUGGAUUACGACGACUCUGUGCAGAGGCUGCAAGUGCUGGAGAACAUCAUGGAGAACAACACACAGUGGCUGAUGAAGCUUGAGAACUACAUCCAGGAUAACAUGAAGAAGGAGAUGGUGGAGAUGCAGCAGAACGUCGUCCAGAACCAGACAGCCACAAUGAUAGAAAUAGGGACCAGCCUGCUGAACCAGACGGCGGAGCAGACCCGGAAACUGACUGACGUGGAGGCCCAAGUAUUAAAUCAGACAACAAGACUUGAACUUCAGCUUCUAGAACAUUCUCUUUCUACAAACAAAUUGGAAAAACAGAUUUUGGAUCAGACCAGUGAAAUAAACAAAUUGCAAGAUAAGAACAGUGUCCUAGAAAAGAAAGUGCUGGACAUGGAAGACAAGCAUGUGGUCCAACUGCAGUCCAUAAAGGAAGAGAAAGACCAGCUCCAGGUGUUGGUGUCCAAGCAAAAUUCCAUCAUUGAAGAACUGGAGAAACAAUUAGUCACGGCCACAGUGAACAAUUCAGUUCUUCAAAAGCAACAACAUGAUCUGAUGGAGACAGUUCAUAAUUUACUGACUAUGAUAUCAACGUCAAACUCAGCUAAGAAUGCUUUUACUGCCAAAGAAGAACAGAUCACAUACAGAGACUGUGCUGAAGUAUUUAAGUCGGGACUUAUCACUAAUGGCAUCUACACGCUAACAUUUCCUAAUUCUACAGAAGAGACAAAGGCUUACUGCGAUAUGGAGACUGGCGGAGGUGGAUGGACAGUUAUUCAGCGACGUGAAGAUGGCAGUGUUGAUUUUCAGAGGACUUGGAAAGAAUAUAAAAUGGGAUUUGGUGACCCUUCUGGAGAAUACUGGCUGGGAAAUGAGUUUGUUUCACAGCUGACCAAUCAGCAACGCUAUGUGCUUAAAAUACGCCUUACAGACUGGGAAGGGAAUGAGGCUUACUCACUAUAUGAACAUUUCUAUCUUUCAAGUGAAGAACUCAAUUAUAGGAUUCACCUUAAAGGACUCACAGGGACAGCCGGCAAAAUAAGCAGCAUAAGCCAACCAGGAAAUGAUUUUAGCACAAAGGAUGCCGACAACGACAAGUGCAUUUGCAAAUGUUCACAAAUGCUGACAGGAGGGUGGUGGUUUGAUGCAUGUGGUCCUUCCAACUUAAAUGGAAUGUACUAUCCACAAAGGCAGAACACAAAUAAAUUCAAUGGCAUUAAGUGGUACUACUGGAAAGGGUCAGGCUACUCGCUCAAGGCCACAACCAUGAUGAUCCGACCAGCAGAUUUCUAAUGCCUGUGUACCCCCAACAAAGACUGUAUCAAAGCACUGAAAGACUCGGCUGCAUGUGCUCCUCUUCCACCUCAGAGGGCAGGCUCUCACCUGCUGAUGGGGGCGUGGGCUCCAGAUCAGAGCCCCACAAACUCCGUCACUUAAACCCGCAUCACAUAACGAACCAAAGCAAAACCCCACACAUCUGGUCUUGCCCUGUGGCAGAACACUGAUGCAGAGAUGGACCCAAAGUCAGAAUUAAGCUGACAAUUUACAGACUCUGCUGUCAAAACCAAGAAUGUUAUGUGUGAGUUUAUCAGAAAAUAACUGGAAAACAGAACACUUAUAUAGUACAGAUCAUUUUGGAACUGCAUUCCUCUAAGCACUGUUUAUAGA